AUGGACAGCAAGACAGAUAAGAGCAGACGAAGGUUGCUGGGCCUACCUCGUGCACAUUCCCGUCAGAAAAUGCAACUUCGAACCGUGAGCCUUUACUCCCGUCCACGAAUCAUCGACACAAAUACGAAAGAGCAUCAACCACAUCCUCCAAGCACGAAAGGGCAACAAUCAAAUCCGCUCGUGGACCUUCCCCUCGAAUUAGUCCUAACAAUUGCGGGAUACCUGGACAAAGAGUCGCAGAACCUUCUGGCUUUCUCCUGUCGACGUUUCUAUGUCGCUCUUCACUCCAAACUCGACUUGACCCUUGAAAACAAGGACGCAAAGCUACGGUUCCUGCGAGUUCUGGAAAAUGACUACCCGAGAUAUCUGACAUGUCCAUUCUGCGUUGUGAUGAAUCCUUGGGCAAAGAGGGUCGGCCGCCCCUUCGAAUGCCUGCAUGUCGAGCGUCACACGUUUCUCGAUUAUAUCGUAUCCAAACCUUCUUUCCUCAAAAAGUUGUACAUGGAUGUUGCGAUAACGCCUCGAGUGGUCGACCUCAUCUUGCGAGCUUACGAUCUUGGUCCUAAGUACGGCUUGCCUGUAACUUACCUGAACUCAACUAUCCGGCAUAAAGGUAUCCAUCUUGCAAUGCCUGUCUCUCAGUCAAAUGAGGCACGAGUGGUCGACGGCCAGCUUGUACUGUAUAGCCGAAUGGCGGCAAAGGCCCUCGAUACGUGGUUGCAGCCGAGCCAAUUUCGCGACUUCGUAUAUCCGACUCAGACCUCGAACGUGUGUCUACAUUUCACUCAACAGAUACAGAACGAGAUAAGAUCUGGAAUCAAAACAUCACAAGAAUACUUCAAGGAGUUAUGGUUUCUCUGCACCAUAGUGGUUGAAGGACCCAGCGUGGACGUCCUCCUCAAGUGUCGCUGGUGCGAGACAGAUUACCGCCUGCACCUGAUCAUCGGUGAAACCCCUGAGGAGGAGGACUGGCUGAUUUUCGAAGUUUGGAGGAACUACGGACGAAGAUAUGACGAUAGAGUUGCGGUUAAGCAGAUGUUUCAUCAAGCACUUCUGGUGAAGCCGGAGCAGGAAGAACUCACAAGAAGGAAUGUACAAGCGAUCUUUGAGUCCCAACCAGCGUCUCGUCCACGCCGAAGAAUCUUUUGGGUCGGUCAGCAGUUCAGAAGGGGCUAA